AUGUUUGGUAUAGAGUAUCCAACUCAAAAGAAACAAGGCGUUAAGAGAAUCGAUCGUUGGAAUAUUAGUAAUAUGGAUGAUAGAUUUGAUCCUUAUGUGGUUAGAGACGCGUGCGGUAUUAAUAGCAAUUUUUAUAUAGGAUCCGAUGUUAUAUACGGCGCGAAUUCUAGAUCUUUAUUGCGUCAAUUCGAUGCUAGAACAGUUGCGAAAAGAUUUCCAGAUGCAUUUCUUUCAGAAUAUGUGUCGUAG